UGCCCCGGCCCAUGGUCCCCCGAGGCCUGUCCCCGCGGGCUGGGGAUCCCGGAGCCAUGAUGUGGCUGGGCCGGGCGGGACGCGAGCUGCUGCGGUGGGGCCAUGGCGGGGCCGCCCCGCGGCGGGGCGCGGAGGUGCUGGUGAGCGCGGCCGGCGGGGAGAGCAGCGGUAUUGCUGAAAUCCUAAUGAACCGACCCCACGCGAGAAAUUCAUUGGGAAAAGUAUUUGUAAAUGAACUGUUCAGCGCUCUGGAACAGCUCCGCUUGGAUGAGAAGGUUCGUGUGGUGGUGUUCAAGAGCGAGGUGAAAGGUGUCUUUUGUGCUGGUGCAGACUUAAAGGAACGUGCGCAGAUGGAUGAUGCAGAAGUUGGGCAUUUUGUUAAAAGGCUGAGGAAUCUCAUGGAUGAAAUAGCGGCCCUGCCUGUACCCACAAUUGCUGCAAUAGAUGGCUAUGCACUGGGUGGUGGACUAGAACUGGCGUUAGCUUGUGACCUUCGAGUAGCAGCUUCAUCAGCUAAAAUGGGCCUUAUUGAGACCACAAGGGGGCUUCUUCCUGGAGCAGGUGGAACCCAGCGCCUGCCCAGAUGUGUUGGAAUAGGUCUUGCAAAGGAACUUAUCUUCACUGGUAGACAGAUUGAUGGACAGCAAGCUGCCUCAAUUGGAUUAGUAAAUCACACUGUGCCACAAAACAAUGAAGGAGAUGCAGCUUACCAGAGAGCAUUGACUUUGGCUAGAGAAAUCCUUCCUCAGGCUCCAUUUGCUGUGAAAAUGGGAAAACUGGCAAUAAACAGAGGAAUGGAGGUUGACAUUGCAUCAGGGAUGGCUAUUGAGGGGAUGUGCUAUGCCCAGAACAUUCCCACAAGAGACCGGCAGGAGGGGAUGGCUGCCUUCAGGGAGAAACGACCACCUCAGUUUAUUGGCAAAUAACAUUUCCUAGCUUCCCCUUGGUCCUUUGAAAGUAAAGGAGAGCUGAAGAGGACCCACGGAUUUCUUAGGAUUAUUUUUAUGAUUGCAUUCUGUGUACUUAGUUCCUUGCCUUGGACUGCAUUUUUGAAUACUCCACUGGAUCACUUUGCUGUAAGAAUUCCCAAAUAAAGCAUUAACUUUGUACAGCUGA